UGCGACGAGAGCGAGUCAGCAACCCGUGGGCAGAGUUUCCAAGAAGACGCCAAGAAGCAUGUCGACGUCGACGCUGCAUGACGCCGAGGCAGAGAAGCGCCUCAAGCGCCGCGAGCAGUGGAAGAUCAACCAGCGCAACAGCCGCCUCAAGCGCAUUGGCAUGGCCAAGACGCUCGAGGCCCAGAACGAGGCCAAGGCCAAGGAGAACGAGCGCCUCGAAGGCGUGCUGCGAGCGAUGCACCAGCAGAGCCUCGCCGUGCUGGAGCGCCACCCUGUGAGCGGCAUGGCCGCCGUCCGCGUCAUCGAAGAGUACUACCGCGUCUUCUCGAACGGGUUUGCGACCAACAACGUUGCUCAGCAAACGCUCCAGCGCAAUUUUGUGCGAUCCAUCAUGACGGAAGACACGUGCUUUAUGGAUACACAGGGCGCGGAGAGCGUCCUCGAGCAGUGGCGCCUAAUGACGAGCUCCCACCACACGCUGCGCAUCUUUCCGCUCAGCUGCGAGCUCAUGAAGGAGGGCGACGGCGUCGUCGUGCGCGCGAUCUCGCGCUACAUGUGCCGCAUCUCGCGGAAGACGCUUACGACCUUGUACCCGCAUGUCCUCGUCAACGAGCGCCUCGUGCAAGCGCUCAUCGGCAUCGAGGUCGAUGCGAUUGACACGGUGCACUCGUACUUCGACGACGACGGCCGCAUCGUGCGCCACGACGUCGUGAUUGACUUUGUCUCGCCGCUGCUCAAGCUCCUCGGCAACGUCGCCGACGUGGCCUCGGUCCUCUCGGGCGCCCACUUGACCUCGAUCGGCCUCUUUGAUAUCGAGCGCAACCACGACUCGCCGCUCUUGCGGCCGCAAGUCAAGACCGAGGCGGACCCGGUGUCGCCGCUUGCGAUCGGCGAGCCGUGCGCCAAGCGCCAGCGCCGGGACAACGACCUCCACCUGCUCCUGUCGAACUGAGUAGCCUGUAUCUAUUGCCACGACUUGAGUCGUGUUAACUAUAAUUAAGUUGAGCCACCCGUUGGGUGCAGUCGCGCCGCCGUCGACCGAUCGACCGCCGUCCCAGCGCCCGCGUCGUAGCC